AUGGCUGCGAUAUCUCCCGUUGUGGCUAGCGCGGUUAGAGGCAGCGCAUUUGCGCUGUCCUGCAAGAGCGACGCCAGGAGAACCAGUUCCCAGCGACUCGCUAUUCGUGGAGCGCGAUACGAUGGUCUUCGUAAUAAAGGGAGCGGUAUUCAAGGAAGAGGCAUGGGAUCAGGGCAGCGGAUCGAACGAAACGCACAGGCCAAGGUCCACGUGGCAGUCGCUGCAAGCCUUGAUAUCGACAUGGACAUCGCCCCUCCGCCUAUCGACGGCGACCUGACGGAGACGAUGGAGGAGUAUGGAGCGGAGUUUGAUGCGGAAGGGGUGCCUGUGACGUUCAACAACAAUGAUGACGACGCCAUUAAUGCAGCCCUCAACUCUGUCGCAGUCUUUGACAUGUCUCACUUCGGCAGAAUCAAAGUAUCUGGGGAAGACCGGAUUCGAUUCCUGCACAACCAGACCACGGCUGAUUUCAACUCCCUCUCCCCUGGCCAGGGAUGCAUGACUGUGUUUGUGUCACCUACAGCCCGAACCAUUGAUCUCGCCACUGCAUGGGUUAUGUCCACUUCUGUUAUUCUCACAGUCUCACCUGGCAAAGCUCAGAAGCUGGUUACCACAAUGGACAGGUACAUCUUCCCAGCAGACAAGGUAUCAGUGGCGAACAUUUCAGAGCAAACGAGGCUGCUUGCCCUCAUCGGCCCUCAGGCACCCACGGUUGUGGAGAAGCUUGGUCUGACUCAGCUGCUGGGGCAGCCAGAAGGGGCCCAUGCACACUUUGCGGUUCAGGGAGCGCCGGCAACAGUGGGCGUGGGCAGUGGGCUGGGCGCCUCUGUGCCUGGAUUCCUGCUCAUGCUGUCCGCUGACGUGGCGGGUCGUGUGUGGAGCCAACUCACUGACGGCUUUGGGAUCACCCCGAUUGGUGCAGCCGCGUGGGAGAGAGUGCGAGUUCAGCAAGGGCGCCCCAUGCCGGGGUCGGAGCUGACAGACGAGUUCAACCCGCUGGAGGCCGCUCUCUUCCAAUGCGUCUCCACCACCAAAGGGUGUUACAUGGGCCAGGAGACCAUCGCUAGGCUGAUCACGUAUGAUGGGGUGAAGCAACAACUCUGGGGACUCCGCCUUGCCAACCCAGUUUCUGUUGGUGCAAUCAUUACAAACAAGGAAGGAGCCAAGAUUGGCAAGCCGCAGCAGCGAGCGAGCGAGCUGGCUCAAAUCGACACGGCACGCGCGGAGCACGGCAUGUCGGACUCAGAGUCUCACGAGAGCGACGCGGAUCACGUCUCCGGCGUGCCUUGCAUCUCCGGCCAGCCGUCCUGCGGAGGUGUUUUCCUCCGCAACGUCUGGCCCUUCGCCGGCAGCGGGAAGAGCCUUCAAAAGAACUACCUCCACAACAGCGUCCGCACUGACGCGGACGAGACCCAUGGCGCGCACCGCGAUUCGUCUCCGGACACGAAAUCAAACUCUAACGCGGAUGCUGAUAUCGAGCACAAUGCGGAGCAGUCUGGCUCUGCAAGCGGCAAUGCCUCCCCGAUGAAGCGCGGGUUUCUCGGUCGCAUGCGGGACAGAGCCAGCUCUCCUUUCCACAUGGCGUCGGACUUGAGCCAUCGCAUGAGCGGUAGCGGAAGGGAUAAGUCGCCGGGACGCGUCGCAGCUUCUAAACGACGCGGCAAGUCCGAUCGCUCCCCGCAACGCAGCCGCUCUAACAAAUCCCCGCUCCGAGCAACGGCAAGUUCAGAUGAGAAUGCGGCGCGAGAUCAGGCGUCUGGAGCGGGUUUGAGUCAAGCCGUUAGCGAAGGAGCCAUUUUAGGAGAUGCUGGUGAUGUGACUGUAGAGAGAGUGACUGUAAGCGAGUCAGCGGCGGUGGGAAUGGAUAUAAGCGGCGACGACGAGGCCGUGUCCUCGUAUAAGCCGAAAGAUGCGCAGAGAAUUACGGAAGAAGCGCCGUCCGAUCACGGAUCCUCGGAGCCGAGCGUAUCUCAACCGUCGAUUGGGCAAGAGAAAAAUCCCCCGAACGUGUUGCAACCUCAAGAGGAUCAAAUAGCAUCGCCAGCAGCAGCCGUGGCUUCUGCUGCCGCGGAAGGCGCCGUGAUUUCCGGCGCGAGACACGGUAAGGAGGAGGUGGAGGAGGAGCAGGCGAUGGAGCACGAGAUGCAAGAGCUCACCGUGAGCGACGGGUCCGGAGGCACCAGUGUUCCCGUCAUGGCGGUAGGGGGAGUGGGAGCGGGAGCAUUAGCGGGAGCGAUAGCGGGAGCGGAUGGCAGGGAUGAGAAUCGGAGAGAAGAGGAGGCGGCGGUUGGAAAGGACGCGGAGGAAGGGCGCUCGGAGACGAAUGAGGAGGGGCGCGCGGAGGUGAACGAGGACGGGCGGUCGGAAGCGAGCUCGGACGCACAUGCUGCCACGCCUCUUCCUUCGCGCAAUGACCCGCAGCCCGCAUCACCCGAGGAGGAGCCGGUGAUGCUGGACAGUCUGGACAGGUGUCUGGCGCUGCUGGGCUCGGGCGACAAGAGCAAGGUCACCAUGGCCCUCGUGGCAGUGCUUGCCUACGUGGCAUCUGGUGACGUGGACAACAUGAACAACGUCUAUGACGCCCUCCCGUUCUCUCUCCUAGAGGCCGCCUUCCGGGCGGCUGUGGCCAAAGGGAGCACGGGGUCAAACGGCAUGGUGGAGGAGGAGGAGCUGGCGCACGCUGCACUGGCAGUGCUGGCGCUGCUGCUGCAGGAGCCUGACCUCGCCUACGCGCCACAGACCACACUGCUCGUGCCCCACCUCGUUGGACUCAUCCGCAACGGGUACGACCCAGUGGUGGCGGUGGAUGCGUAUGAGUGUCUGCUGGGGGUGGCGACAGGGUCAGACGCGGGGCUCAAGGCAGUCAAGGGCGCGGACGUGCUGGGAGUGGUGGCGGAGAAUAUUCAGCGUUCCAGCCCAGGGUGCGAGUCACUACCAUCGGCCAUCCAGCUGCUGGGGUUCCUGUUCAUGAGUGGCGUGUCUGACAUUGAGAUGUAUGAGUACAAACACGAGUUCGCCGCUGCUGUGCCGGCGCUAGCGCGGGAGCUGGCGCAGCGCACGGACAUGCUCAAGUACGAAGUGCUGAAGCUGCUCGUAGCCAUGCUCUCCUCAGAGCCUGCGGAGCCAGUAAGAUCGGUGGUCCAGACCUUCGAUUCAGGCAGCGAGGGCAGGCAGUGGGCGCACGACAUUCGGGCAGGCCUAGCAGACAUUCUCCUGGACAGCAAUGGGGAGGAGUUUCGAAAAGACGCUCUGCAGCUCGUGCGAGUGGUGGUUGAGAUUCAAGGGGAGGCCUGGCUCGUGGAGACAGGGGAAGGGGGAGGAGCUGGGAGCGGUGCGAAUGGGUUGAGUGCGGUGCCGCCGUCGCCAGCUGAUCGGUUCCUGCUGGUGCUGCUGCAGGCGCUGAAGGUGGAAAUGCCUCCGUUGUUACAGGAGCUGGCAGUGCUGACGAUUGAGAAUGAGGAGGAGGCAGAGAAGGAGGGCGAGGGUGGGGAGGGAGGUGAGGGCGGCGAAGGGGAAGGCGAAAUGGACGGCGAGGAAAAGGGCAAAAUGAAUGCGGAUGCCGCGUGGGCGGCGCUGGGCGGCAAUCUGGACCGCAAGGCAGGAGGAGGGCUAGGGCGAGCAGGAGGGCUGGGCAAGGGGGAAAUCACACGCAUGCAAUCGCUUGUGCCCACCAGCGAGGACUGGCGAUCCGUGGUGAAUGAAAUGGUGUGGGAGCCGCCAAAGGAUAAUGACGAUGAUCCGUCGCUGUUGCAGAUAGAGGAGGAGGUUCCGGAGGAGACUGGCCCUCCCGAGGAGGUGAAGAGGCUGUAUCGGGUGCUGGGGGACUGUUACUGCCUGGUUGAGAAGGUGAUUGCGGCCCUGGCUGGGGCUGCUGCGGAGGUGGAGAAAGGGAAGGGGAAGGGGGGAGCGGGCGGGGAGGAGAAGGGCGGGGAGGAGGAGGGGAAGGAAGUGGCGACGGUGGUGAAGAGGCUAGGGGCGGAGGCGGUGCAGGCGUGUGUGAAGCUGGUGGAUGCGAUUAUCAAGGACGUGCUCAUCUUCCUGCAGCUCGCCCAGGAGCGGGAGCGGUAUUCACAUGAUGGAGUUCUGUCUGCCGUCAAAGUGCUCGGAAGCUAUCUGGCGGUGGCGCCAUCAGCGCAUCGCAAGAGGGUGGGGCGGCUGCUGGGCUUCAUGCUGGGCGUCAAGGGGGAGGACGAGGACAGGCCUCUACUGGCGUCGCGCUACCUGCUGCCCGCGCUGGUGCACAUGAGCAGUGAGCCUCGUGGCUGCAACUCCAUCCUCAAACGCGGAGGCCACCGCUUCCUGAUCGAGUACGUGGCGGAGACGGGGCGCACUAACAUGACGGGGCAGCUGCGGUCGGGGGCGGAGGGGCAGACCAGCCUCAUGCAGGCCGCUGACGUCAUCCUCAACCUCUUCUCCUUUAGGCGGAACAUCAAGGUGCCUGUCGACCCGCAUGACUUUGUGCCACUGCUGGCAUCCAUGGCAGCAUGGAGUAGCGUCAAGAGCACGGACCCAAAGAUCACGUACAAGACUCUAGCAAUGGCAGCGUGCGUCAAUGUGUCCAUGCUGCAGCUGUCAUCAGAGGACAUUGUCAAGAAGAAGCUGGACCUGGCCACGUACAAGAAGCUGCCGGCCUCGCUGGCGGUGAUCGUCAAGUUCCUGGAGUUUGGGCACCGCAACUGCAACUCCUUCAGCAGCGAGACCGAGAUUAAAGAGCUGUGGGACGUCACGCUGGGAUCGUGUCAGGACUGCCUGCUGCUGUGGCCGCAGCUCAAGCGGGCCAUAGUCAAGUCAGAGUACUGGGCUCGGGUCUCCAGGCAAAAGGCGGUGACACAGGAGAGGUUGAACCAGGUGUGCAAAGACGAGCGAUUGCGGAAGCUGCUGGCGCUCGUUGCCUUCUCCAACUGA